UCGACCUUAGUAAUACAGAAGUCAUAGCAGAGUAGUAAGCAGAGAUGGUGCAGAUACAGUGCAGAUUGGGACUCGUUAUCUGGUUGGAUCGGGUACCCAAAGUCGACUUCCCCAACCGCAGCACUCUCGUCACCCGUGGCGCAGUUCCGGCCCGGAUCUCACGACAUUGAGGGGUCUUCCCCAUGGCACACUUGCCAACCUCGGCAGCGACCGCCGAUGGCCAAGACAAACGGAGGCGGAGGGAUGGAUAUUCCUGUCCCUCUCCUUUUUUACAAACCGCUUUCCCUGUAUCCUUACUCCUUAUCUCUCUCUCCCUCUCUUCACUCCUCGCCCGUAACAAACACAAAUGUCUGCUCCGUUAGGAAACCAGUUCUACCUGUGCGGGUUCCCCAUCGCCCAUUCGCAUGCGCCCAACCUCCACAACCACGUCUUCAAGGCGUUGGGGACGGACAAGCAGUUCGGGCUGUGGUCGACGAGCAAGGUCACGGAGGAGAUGCUGCAGCUCGUGCGGAGCGGUGAGCUCGGCGGUGCCGCGGUGACGAUGCCGAUCAAGACCGCGAUCAUCCCCUUCCUCGACGAGCUGUCGCCGGAGAGCCAGGUGACGAACGCGUGCAACACGAUCGUGAAGGUGAAGACCGCGGACGGUGGCGUCAAGCUUGUUGGCCAGAACACCGACAGCUCUGACUUCACUCCCCCCCCUCCCUCCCUCCCUGCAGUCCUAGGCGUGCGCAAUGCGCUCCUGACCGCCCUGCGGGAGCAGUUCCCCGCCAAGCCGAUCCCCUCCGAUGCAUCGGCCGCGUACCAGAAAUCGCAGGGCGCGUUCGCCGGCCUGGUGAUCGGGGGCGGUGCGACGACGCGCUCGGCGGCGCACGCGCUGACGCUGCUGGGCCUGUCGCCGAUCUACCUCAUCAACCGGGACGUCGAGGAAGUGAAGGCGGUCGUGGACGCGAUGCCGCACCUGGCCUUCGUCCACCUGCAGACACCGGCCCACGUCGAGGAGCAUCUCGUCGGGGAGGGGAAGCCCAAGAUCCUCAUGAUCGUGGGGUGUAUCCCGAGCUUCGCGCCACAGACGUAUGCCGAGCGCAUGGUCUAUACGACUGCCUCGGCGGUGCUGACCGUCCCGUACGUGGUGCCGACGGCCGAGUCUCCUGUGCUGCCGUACCCGACGCAGCGAUUGUUCCUGGAGAUGCCGUACAAGCCACUGCACACGACGAUGUUUAAAGUUGCUCAGGCACAUGGGUGGUGCGUUAUCGACGGCAUCCAAGCGAUGAUCGAGCAGGGCCUCGCGCAACAGCGAAUGUGGUUCCGCGGUGUUGCUACGGUCGAGGUCGGGUCAGAUCCGAACGUCCUUGGGGCUGAACUAGAGGGACUGGCACGAGCCGCUGUGCGGGAGAAAAUCUUGGCCCCGAUGAACAUGACUGCGAUCCACGCUGAGGUCGAUCACGCACAGGGCAAGGAGAGUGCUGUCCCGCCGAAGAAAGCAUAGAGAACGAAAUGUAUACAUACAAUUGU